AUGACCUCUCGGGAGGACAUGAAGGUCAUGGCCACUGCCACAAGUGAAUGUACUGACAACAUUUCCCAGGGAGUGGACACCCUACAUUUGCUGGACCGAGGCCUCCACUGGCUGCUGAAUUUGGGAGACAGGGCUGGAGGCACCUGUUGGGCCACCGUGUGCCGGACUGCAGGAGGAGCAGGUCACAUUGUGUUCUUUGUGAAAAGUGUCCCUGGAGGGUUCAAGAACCCAGUUCUGCAGGACCCUAUCCCGCCCAACCCUCUCAAGGGCUUUUCCUCUACUGGGCACCUCGUGAGCGGGGAGUUCUCCCAGUGUAACAUCCUGCAGAAGGUAUCCACCCUCAAGGAUGGUGACUUCGUCUUGACUGAAAGCACCGCCAUCUUUAUUUACUUAAGCUUUAAGUACCAGACGGCAGACCACUGGUACCCAUCUGAACUUUGGGCCUGUUUUCAUGCCCACAAGUACCUGGGCUGGCAUGCUGACUGCAUCCGUGAUACCUUUGGCGUGCCCUUGUGGACCCAGGUGUUGGCACCACUCAUUGGGGUCCAUGUGACUGAGGAGAAGGUGGAGCGCAACAGGGCCGCCACGGACCGGGCACUGCAGUGGCUGGAGGACAAGUUCCUGGGGGGCUGGGCCUUCCUCAACAGCCAGCAGGUGACGCUGGCUGACCUCAUGGUGCUGGAGGAGCUGGUGCAGCCUGUGGCUCUUGGCUGUGACCUAUUUGAGGGACAGCUGAAACUGGCAGCAUGGCGUGACUGAGUAGAGGCUUUCCUGGGUACUGAUCUGUGCCAGGAGACCCAUGGCCCCAUCUUGAACAUCCUAGAGCAGACGGCUAACAAAACAGUCCUGCAGCCUCCACCAGAACUCUCUCCCUAUAUGCUAUUUUAUAUUUCUAGGAUCCUCUGA